AGUUUAGACCCUUCGCCAUCCCGUCCCAAGCUCGAACAUUUAGGAUCGGAAACCGACAAUCAUCCGGCGCAUUCAUGAGUGUACGGUGCUCACGGAAAGCUCCAAGCUCCUUUGCAACUUUCUGAACCUCUAAGCAGUCAUCAUGGCGGACGAGAGCGCGCAAAACGAACCUGUCACCGACACACCGGUGCCCGCAACGUCGACCGAAGAACCCAUUGCCGAUGGCACGCCGCUCAAGGAUACAUUGAUGGCGGAUGCGACCUUUGAACAACCAGGUUCAUCUCCAGCACCCGCGGUGCGUGGCGCGAGCCCAGCUCCCGCGCGGACAGGGACACCGGCGCAAGGCUCUAGAGCUGCCUCUGUACAUCCCGACCCUGGCCUUUCGAUACCCGCGGAAGCUCCUCCCCACGGCGACGUGACGCGUCGGUAUCUGAAUACAAAGGUCACGGGUGUCCUGCUGGACGGAGUGAAACAGAUUGCAAAAGACAAGCCAGAGGACCCGUUGCGCGUUCUGGGGGAAUAUUUGCUACAAAAGUCGAAGGAAUUGGAAGGCACAUCAUGACACGACGGAUUGAGCUCUCAAUCUUGGGCAUAAGGCUAGGCGUUUGGUGGACAGGGGCGGGGAGACACUUGGUUUCUUGACACAUUGGUGAUACCACAGGGAUGUUGGCAUGGA